AUGGAGGAUGAGGAAGGCUACACCACACUAAAUUUACGACUCCCAGCUUCAGUUAUUACUGAUGGAUACUCAAGCAAUAACAAAUGUCCUAUAUUUAGUACUCCAGCCCAUUGUGUUACAGUAGACAGAGUCUCUGCCUCAUCCGCCAUAAGGCAACCAGCAACCUUAGCAUUCUUCGCUUUGAGCCUGGUGCUGCUCACAGGUCUGGUGGUCUUACUGUCCCUGUUUUUUCAGAUAUACCAGGACCCUGAAGAAGGAAAGAAGCUGCAGGCCAUGAGGGAAGCAUUGUGUUUUGAAAGGAGGGCAAGGAACGAAACAGAAUGUGCUGUCUGUCCAGCAAGGUGGAAAAGCAGUGAAGUUGGCAGCUGCUUCUACGUUUCAAAACAGAAGAAAACAUGGAAAGAAAGCCAGGAGUUCUGUUCCACGAGAAACUCCACACUUAUUGUGCUGAAAGACAAAAUAAAGAUGGUCACUCUGCCAUAUGAUUCACAGUUUUAUUGGGUUGGAUUAUCAUACAUGCCUGAAAGGAAUGGCUGGUUCUGGGAGGAUGGAACUGCUCUUUCAAGAGAAGCCAAAGCUUGGACUGUAUUACAUGAGCACAACUUCUGUGCCUCCUUAUAUGGACGGAUUAUUUAUGACAGUAACUCCUGUUCGACAGAGCAAUUCUGGAUCUGUGAGAAAGGAGCUGUUCAAUUUGCCUGA